GUGUGUGGUGGGGGGAGUGGCAGUGACAGGAGGAUGUUCCUGCAGGAGCAGCGGCGGCUGCAGAAGAUCCUGUGGUGUGAGGUCUCAGGACUGGAGCUCUGAAGGCAGCAGGACUCAGGACAUCAUCAUCAUCUUCAGCUUCAGUGAUCUGGACCUGGACAGGAGAAGACAUGAGCAGCAACAAAAAGAUGGAGGAUGAGGCCGUGUUGGAUCGUGGGGCGUCCUUACUCAAGCACAUUUGUGAUGAAGAGGAGGUCGAGGGUCACCACACUGUUUACAUCGGCGUGCGUGUACCCAAGAGCUCUCGGCGUCGGCGGCGUCACCGCCGGAGAACCAGCCACAAGGACAGAAAGGAGAGGGUGACGGAGAGCGCCUUCGACAAGUCGGACACUGAAACCAACGACGAGGCCAGCAACAGCAUCCUGAAACCACUCAUCUCACCAGCAGCCGAGAGGAUCCGUUUCAUCUUAGGAGAGGAAGAUGAUGGACCAGCACCCCCGCAGCUCUUCACGGAACUGGACGAGCUGCUGUCAGUGGACGGACAGGAGAUGGAGUGGAAAGAGACGGCCAGGUGGAUCAAGUUUGAGGAAAAGGUGGAAAAGGGAGGAGAACGUUGGAGUAAACCUCACGUGGCUACGCUGUCGUUGCACAGCCUGUUUGAACUGCGGAAAUGCAUAGAAAAGGGCACCAUCAUGCUCGACAUGGAAGCUUCGACUCUGACUCAGGUUGUCGAGAUGAUCACUGACAACCAGAUUGAGAUCGGCCAGCUGAAAGCAGACCUGAAGGACAAGGUGAUGUUCACGUUGCUACGGAAACAUCGCCACCAGACCAAGAAGUCCAACCUUCGCUCCCUGGCUGACAUCGGCAAAACGGUCUCCAGUGCAAGUAGGCUGUUUUCCAACCAGGAGAACGAUAGUCCGACCACGGCGCACCGGAACCUGACCUCCAGCAGUCUGAACGACAUCUCUGACAAACCAGAGAAAGAUCAGCUGAAAAACAAGUUCAUGAAGAAGCUGCCGAGAGACGCGGAGGCCUCCAACGUGCUGGUGGGGGAGGUGGACUUCCUGGAUUCUCCGUUUGUGGCGUUUGUUCGUCUGCAGCAGGCCGUCAUGUUGGGAGCGCUCACAGAAGUCCCAGUUCCCACCAGGUUUUUAUUCAUCCUGCUUGGACCCAAAGGACAGGCCAAAUCUUACCACGAGAUCGGCAGAGCGAUCGCUACGCUGAUGUCAGACGAGAUUUUUCAUGACAUUGCCUACAAGGCAAAGGACAGACAGGACCUGCUGGCUGGUAUCGACGAGUUCCUGGACGAGGUGAUCGUUCUUCCACCUGGAGAGUGGGACCCAACCAUCAGGAUAGAGCCGCCCAAAUCGCUCCCUUCCUCUGAUAAAAGGAAAAACAUGUUUGCAGGAGGAGAUUCUCAGAUGAACGGAGACACGCCUCAUGCUGGGGGUCACGGAGGAGGGGGGCAUGCAACCGGGGAUGAGCUGAAGAAGACUGGAAGGUUCUGUGGUGGUCUCCUACUGGACCUGAAGAGAAAAGCGCCUUUCUUUCUCAGUGACAUCACUGAUGCAUUUCACAUUCAGGCUCUGUCGGCCAUUCUUUUUAUUUACCUGGGAACUGUGACCAACGCCAUCACCUUCGGAGGUCUGCUGGGGGACGCCACGGAAAACAUGCAGGGUGUGUUGGAGAGUUUUUUAGGGACCGCCAUCGCCGGAGGUGUUUUCUGUUUGCUGGCUGGUCAGCCCCUCAUCAUCCUGAGCAGCACCGGUCCAGUCCUGGUCUUUGAACGGUUGCUGUUCAACUUCAGCAGAGAAAACGACUUCGACUACAUGGAGUUCCGCCUUUGGAUCGGCCUGUGGUCGGCGUUCCUCUGCCUGGUGCUCGUCGCCACCGACGCCAGUUUUCUGGUGAAAUAUUUCACUCGCUUCACCGAGGAAGGCUUCUCCUGCCUCAUCAGCUUCAUCUUCAUCUACGACGCCUUUAAGAAGAUGAUUAAGCUAGCUCACCACUACCCCAUCAACUCCGACUUCAUAAUGGAAAACAUCACGCACUAUGAAUGUCUCUGCAUGGCUCCAGCCAUCUAUGAAAAGGAGACGGAGUUAAUUGGCGAUCCUGUUGAAAGUGCCAUCUGGUACUUUAACAACACUGGCCUGCCUCUUAAUGCCACGUGGUCGUCGCUCACCAAGUCCGAGUGCUUACAGUACAAAGGAGAGCUGGUUGGAGAGGCCUGCCAUCACGUCCCAGACAUCACUCUCAUGUCCUUCAUCCUCUUCUUCGGUACCUACACCACCUCCAUGUGUCUUAAGAAGUUCAAAACCAGUCCGUUUUUCCCCACCACUGUGAGGAAACUCAUCAGCGACUUCGCCAUCAUCCUAGCUAUCCUCAUAUUUUGUGGAGUUGAUGUUUUCAUUGGAGUUGACACGCCUAAACUUAUCGUGCCAAGUGAGUUUAAACCAACGAGCCCCCACCGAGGCUGGUUCGUGCCCCCGUUUGGAGGAAACCCCUGGUGGGUCUACUUGGCCUCGGCUCUUCCGGCUCUUCUCGUCACCAUUCUGGUCUUCAUGGACCAGCAGAUCACGGCUGUGAUCGUCAACAGGAAGGAGCACAAGCUCAAGAAAGGAGCAGGUUACCAUCUGGAUCUGUUCUGGGUGGCGGUUCUGCUGGUGGUUUGCUCCUUCAUGGGUCUGCCGUGGUACGUGGCAGCCACCGUGAUCUCCAUCGCUCACAUCGACAGUCUGAAGAUGGAAACGGAAACGUCGGCUCCAGGAGAGCAGCCCAAGUUCCUCGGCGUGAGAGAGCAGAGGGUCACAGGUGUGGUCGUCUUCAUCCUGACAGGACUCUCCGUCUUCAUGUCUCCAAUUUUAAAGUUUAUCCCCAUGCCGGUGCUGUAUGGAGUCUUCUUAUACAUGGGAGUCGCCUCUCUUAAUGGGGUGCAGUUUAUGGAUCGUCUGAAGCUGCUUCUGAUGCCAGCGAAGCACCAACCCGACCUGGUUUACUUGCGGCACGUUCCCCUCAGGAAGGUCCACCUCUUUACCUUCAUCCAGAUCCUGUGCCUGGCCCUGCUCUGGAUCCUCAAGUCCACCGUGGCUGCCAUCAUUUUCCCCGUCAUGAUCCUUGCUCUGGUUGCUGUGAGGAAAGCCAUGGACUACAUGUUCUCCCAACACGACCUCGGCUUCCUGGAUGAUGUCAUUCCAGAGAAGGACAAAAAGAAGAAGGAGGACGAGAAGAAGAAGAAGAAAUGCGACAACAUUGACAGCGAUGCUGAAGACUCCGACUAUCCUUACAAUGAGAAGGUUCCUAAUAUUAAAAUUCCCAUGGACAUUAUGGAGCAGGAGCCGUUCUUAGGCGACAAAGCCUCCGACAGAGAGAAGUCCAAGUCAUUCCUGGAUCGACACACAUCGUGCUGAGCAACUUCA